AUGUCUCUGCAUCAGUUUCUCCUGGCGCCCAUCACCUGCCACGCCUGGAACAGAGAUCGCACCCAGAUCGCACUUAGCCCCAAUAAUCAUGAAGUGCACAUCUACAGGAAGAACGGGGGCCAGUGGGCGAAAACUCACGAGCUGAAGGAGCAUAACGGACACAUCACGGGCAUCGACUGGGCGCCUCGGAGCGACCGCAUCGUCAGCUGCGGGGCGGACCGCGACGCCUACGUGUGGAGCCUGAGAGACGGCCUCUGGAAGCCCACGCUGGUGAUCCUGAGGAUCAGCCGCGCGGCCACGUUUGUCAAGUGGUCCCCCCUGGAGAACAAGUUUGCUGUGGGGAGUGGGGCCCGGCUGGUCUCUGUGUGUUACUUCGAGUCUGAAAACGACUGGUGGGUGAGCAAGCACAUUAAGAAGCCCAUCAGCUCCACGGUCCUCAGCCUGGACUGGCAUCCCAACAACAUUUUGCUGGCCGCGGGGUCCUGCGACUUCAAGUGCAGAGUGUUUUCCGCCUACAUCAAAGAGGUGGAUGAGAAGCCGGCCAGCACACCCUGGGGCAGCAAGAUGCCCUUCGGCCAGCUGAUGUCCGAGUUCGGCGGCAACGGCUGGGUGCAUGGGGUCAGCUUCUCCGCCGGUGGGAACCGCCUGGCCUGGGUCGGCCAUGACAGCACCGUGUCCGUGGCUGACGCCUCCAGGAGCGCGCAGGUGUCCACUCUGCAGACCCAGUUCCUGCCUCUGCUCAGUGUGCUGUUCGUCUCGGAGAACAGCCUCGUGGCUGCCGGCCACGACUGCUGCCCCAUGCUCUUCCACUGCGACGACCGCGGCCGUUUGACCUUCGUGUCCAAGCUGGACCUCCCGAAGCAGAGCGUCCAGCGCCCCGUGUCCGCUAUGGAGCGCUUCCGCAGCCUGGACAAGAGGGCCACGACCGAGGACCGCGACAGCACAGCCCUGGGGACGCUGCACCAGAACAGCAUCACGCAGGUGUCCGUUUACGAGGUGGACAAGCAGGACUGUCGCAAAUUCUGCACCACCGGCAUUGACGGGGCCAUGGCAAUCUGGGAUUUCAAGACCCUCGAGUCGUCCAUCCAGGGCCUCCGGGUAACGUGA